AGCCCGCUGGCAGAAAGACGAGGAGAGAGGCUGUCUUUCUGGGACGUAUUUGUACUUGGAGCUUUGCUGUAGUGUAUGCGACAAGACAGCGGAGUUAACAAGUCUGCCAAGAUUUUGAGGUGCUCCUCUCCCGAAUUUCUUGCUCUUACAUGGUAACAAAGAGCUGAAGAAAAGAGAGUGAAGAUGGCAGUUUGGAUUCAGGCUCAGCAGUUGCAGGGAGACGCCCUGCACCAGAUGCAGUCUCUCUACGGCCAACACUUCCCUAUUGAGGUCCGACACUACCUGUCUCAGUGGAUAGAGGGACAGCUCUGGGAUGCUGUGGACCUAGAGAACCCUCAGGAGGAGUUCAAGGCCAAGCGUCUGCUGGACAGCCUCAUCCAGGAGCUGCAGAAGAAGGCCGAGCACCAGGUGGGAGAGGACGGCUUCCUGCUCAAGAUCAAACUGGGUCACUACGCCACACAGCUAAAGAACACAUAUGACCGCUGUCCCCUGGAGCUGGUGAGAUGUAUCAGACACAUCCUCUACACUGAGCAGAGACUGGUCAGAGAGGCCACCAAUUCGAGCUCCCCUGUGGGUGGGAUGAUGGACAGCAUGUCCCAGAAGUACCAGCAGAUCAACCAGCUGUUUGAGGAGCUGCGCGUGCUGACGCAGGACACGGAGAACGAUCUGCGCAAGCUGCAGCACAACCAGGAGUACUUCAUCAUCCAGUACCAGGAGAGCCUGCGCAUACAGGCCCAGCUGAGCAGUCUGGCCACCCUCCCCCCUGCGGAGCGACAGCUGAGAGAACCGGCGCUGCUCAGCAAGAGAGCCACAGUGGAGGCCUGGCUCACCAGGGAGGCCAAUACACUACAGAAAUACAGACUGGACCUGGCUGAGAAACACCAAAAGACAUUGGCCAUGCUGCGGAAGCAGCAGACGGUCAUCCUGGACGACGAGCUCAUCCAGUGGAAGAGACGCCAGCAGCUGGCCGGCAACGGAGGUCCCGCCGAAGGAGGCCUGGACAUCCUGCAGUCCUGGUGUGAGAAGCUGGCUGAGACCAUUUGGCAGAACAGGCAGCAGAUCAGGCGAGCGGAGCACUUGCGGCAGCAGCUGCCCAUCCCCGGCCCCAUCGAGGAGCUGCUCACCGAGCUCAACGGCACCAUCACCGACAUCAUAUCAGCCCUCGUCACCAGCACCUUCAUCAUAGAGAAGCAGCCUCCCCAGGUGCUGAAGACCCAGACCAAGUUUGCGGCGACGGUGCGUCUGCUAGUGGGGGGCAAGCUGAAUGUGCACAUGAACCCACCGCAGGUCAAGGCCACCAUCAUCAGCGAGCAGCAGGCCAAAGCCCUGCUCAAAAACGAGAACACCAGGAAUGACAGCAGUGGAGAGAUCCUUAACAACAACUGUGUGAUGGAGUACCACCAGACCACGGGCACCCUCAGCGCACACUUCAGAAACAUGUCCCUGAAGCGGAUCAAGCGUUCAGACCGGCGGGGCGCUGAGUCGGUGACGGAAGAGAAGUUCACCAUCCUCUUCGAGUCCCAGUUCAGCGUAGGCGGCAACGAGCUGGUGUUUCAGGUGAAGACUCUCUCCCUACCUGUGGUGGUCAUUGUUCACGGUAGCCAGGACAACAACGCCACGGCAACAGUCCUGUGGGACAACGCUUUUGCUGAGCCGGGCCGGGUGCCCUUCAUAGUGCCUGAUAAGGUGCUGUGGUCUCAGCUGUGCGAGGCCCUGAACAUGAAGUACAAAGCGGAGGUGCAGAGCACCCGGGGCCUGUCGGAGGAGAACCUGGUCUUCCUGGCCCAGAAAGCCUUCAACAGCUCCAGCGGCAACCCUGAAGACUACCGCAACAUCACCAUGACCUGGUCCCAGUUUAACAGGGAAAGUCUGCAAAUGAGAAACUUCACCUUCUGGCAGUGGUUUGAUGGUGUCAUGGAACUCACUAAGAAACACCUGAAGCCUCACUGGAACGACGGUGCGAUCCUCGGCUUUGUGAACAAACACCAGGCCCAGGACAUGCUGAUGUCCAAACCCAACGGCACCUUCUUGCUGCGCUUCAGUGACUCAGAGAUCGGCGGCAUCACCAUCGCCUGGGUGGCUGAGAACCCCAACAAAGCAGGAGAGCGUAUGGUAUGGAACCUAAUGCCCUACACGACCAAAGACUUCUCCAUCCGCUCGCUGGCAGACCGCAUCAGUGACCUGAACCACCUGCUCUACCUCUACCCUGACCGGCCCAAGGAUGAGGUCUUCUCCAAAUACUACACCCCACCUCUCUCCAAAGCAGUGGAUGGCUACGUCAAACCUCAAAUCAAACAAGUUGUACCAGAAUUCACAACAGCCAAUGCCGACCCUGCAGUCAACCCAACCUACAUGGAUCACGCUGCAUCACCUGCUGUUAAUCAUCCACACAGCUACGGCCUCUACCCACCCAUGAGUGACCCCAUGCUGGACACUGACGGCGACUUCGACCUGGAUGACACCAUGGAUGUAGCACGGCAUGUGGAGGAGCUGUUACGCCGACCGAUUGAGAGCCAGUGGAGCGGCCAGCAGUCCUGACCACUGGCCUUUUGACCUCUUACCUCAGCCCCCUCGCCGCCCACAGCCCCCUCACUGAAUCACCACCCGACCCCCCAAGGAUCGUCUGCGUCUCAUGCUGCCCGUGCUCACACCUGUGUCUCUCUCACUGCAUUGGCGCCGAUGUGAAAUGUUGAUAAUGGUUGUGGAAUUCAAUAUUUUCUCUUCUCAUUUGUUUUGUGUUCAGCGUGCUUGCUGCCUGCCUCGUUUUGUACGGCCCCACAUAUGCCAGAAAGAGACACAAUCAUAAGGCCUAAAGCUACACCCAGUACACUAUGCUACAGUGCAGCAGUAGUGAAGAUGACAUUCGCCAGCCAUGUGAUAAUGUCAAGAGAAAUCCAAACAAGCACAUGCAUGUUUUUUUUUUGUUGUAUUACUGUCAGUGACUGAAAUAUCCCAGAUAAUGCAUUGAGAGUUCAGAAAUGUACCUGUCUUUUUUUUUUUUUAAAUCCAGGUGUAGUUCAUUCAUGAUAGUAACUGUCUUUUGAUAAGGUGUCGUGAAGGAUAUCCUCUGAUCUGCCUUGACUGACAAUGUGUAUGCUUGUCUCCAUACACACACACACACACACACACACACACACACACACAGACACUUGCACACACACACACACACACACACACACACACGCACACAUACACACACAGACACACGCACACACACACAUUCUCACACUCUGUCCUUAGUCUGUCUCCCUCUGUGUCCUCUGUGCCACUGUGCAGUCCGUGCGCUUCUGUUGACUCUGUUGUCUAGUUCAAAUAUGACAUUCUCCCUGUCCAAGAGUCCCUAUCUUCAGUCCAGCCCCACCGCUCUUGUCUCUCUUUAUGCCUUUGAUCUCCGUGACUGAGCCUUUUGGCCCUCUCGCUUGCUGUAGUACCUGUGACCGGCCGAGUUGGUCUAAGCCCUACAACACGGCUUAGAGUGAGGAAGAAACCGAUUUAGAUUAUGGAGGUGUUCACUGUGUCCCCUUUGGGAGUGCUGAAUAUGCUCAUCCUUUUUAAAAACUGAAAAGCUUUUAUUCAAAGUGUGUCUGGGUGGCCAUUACACAAAUCCACAUUGUAUGCUUAUGGUGUAAGGUAAGGUUCAAGUCUAUAUUUGAUGGUGGAACAAUUUGCAACUGUAGCAAGUUUUUUUUUUUUCUUUAAAGAUCAGUUGUCAAAACUUUUCUGCACUAUGCAUCCAUGCUUGAUGAAGACCUGAACUGUGACUGUAGAUACUGUGCUGGAGAUACAAGAUAACAUUAGAACAUACUGGAAGCAUCAUUAGGGAGAUGGGGGAUUGAAGAUAACAUUAGAAUGUGCUAGAAUUGAUAAGGUGAUGAGGGAUUGAAGAUGACAGACCACGGUAGAAGAGUGAUUGCUCAGUGUCAGAAUUUGGACACACUCUCUACCUCUUUCACCCCCCUUUCUCUCUCUCUCUCUCUGCACACAAUCUUGCUCACAUGAAAAAUGCAAAAAAACGCACACACAUACACACACACAUACACACUCAGGAGGUAUGAAGUAUUGGACGGAUCUGUGAAAAUAUUGAGAAAAAAAGAACUAAUCCUAAACAUGCAAUGUCAUGAAUUUAUCUUUGUACAGGUCAAUGCUAAUGCAAUCUGUUUUCUUUAACACUUUAUUACACAAAGCUCAUAGUCGUGUCCUUUUAAUCGGUCACCUGUGCACUGGCCUGGUGUGUGUGUGUGUGAGUGAGUGAGUGAGUGAGUGUGUGUGUGUGUGUGUGUGUGUGUGUGUGUGUGUCUCAGUACCCUUGCAGAACCACCAGCCCUAUCAGUUACAGCCCUUAUGCUUGUGUGGUUAAAAUAUUCCCUCAUGUGAGCCUUGCCUUUGGCUUUAUUUUUCCCACAAGUUGGGAUUGUCCAGUGCGCGUACUCUGCUACUGGCCAAACGGUUCACUGAUAUGGAGGGUGUUUCGGUUGCACACGGUCAGCAUUAGCACAUUAACACCAAGUGGCUGCCCUUACAGGAGAGCUUCAGGAAGUGUGGCAGGAUAGAGGCUUCAGAAGUGGUCUCAUGACUAAGUUGAUUUGAUCAUUUGACAACAGUCCCUAUUAACCCCCAUCCAUCCACCCACCCACCCACCCACUCCCAAAUCUGUCUCUGUUGUUUCAAAUUAGUGUUAUACUCUAUAUUUUAUAAAGGUUGUAGAUGAAGACAACAAAUGAGAUUGAAGACAAAAAAACAAGAUUGUUAAGUAAAGAAGUCUGGUGAUAAGUCUUUUUUUUUUAUUGUUCUUGUUUUUCUCUUGACUCUGAUCUGUCUUGUUUUGCCUGUACCUUGUUUUCAUGAUGCUGUAAGUGGACACAUUCGAUGUGUGAGUGUGCUAUGUGUACUUUUUGUGUGUGUGUGUGCGCGUGUGUGUCUGUCUGUUGGUGUGUUUGUGUGUGUGUCGGUUUGUGUGUGUGUGAGAAAGAGAGAGUGUAUGUGAAUGUUUUGUCCUUGUGUGUGUGUGUGUGUGUGUUUGUGUGUGAGAGAGAGUGAAUUGUGAACGUGUAGCAUCUGUGAUUCCUGUUUCAUGUUUGUCCUAUUUUGUGGUUUUUUGGUUUUAGUGUUUGGAUAUGUCCAAGAAAAUACAGCAAUUCAAAUGAAUAAAGUUUUUUAAAUAAUUUCA